AUGUCGGUCACCGAAAACGGUGCGUAUCGUAUCGCUGAGCCAUCAGUGUUCAGUGCACGCGUCCCAACACAGCGGCUUCUUACCAGCAUCCUAGAUCCUGGUCAUGCAUUACUGGUACAAAAUAUACGUUUCAUCUCAGAAUCCAAAGAAAAAGAAGCACGUGAAGGCAAUGCAUUUACAAAACCUAAGGUGAAGUACAAGUUAAUUAGGCACAUAAACAGAGUUGUCGGCACUGAUUAA